AUGCGGGAGAUGAGGCUGGUUUUGGCGUGUGUUCUGCUGGUGGUAGGAGGCUGUUCGGCCAUGCUGCCUGUCCUAACCCACGUACACUCCAAAUUCGAGUACCAGCACAGCUUCAAAGGACCCUACGUCACCAACUCCAAGGGAGACGUCCCGUUCUGGAACCACGGAGGAAGCUGUAUUCCUAGUGACGACCAGGUGAGGGUGUGCCCCUCCAUCAAGAGCAGACGAGGAUGGAUUUGGACAACGGGCAGUUUCUCUGCCAAACACUGGAUGGUCGACAUUACCCUUCGUGUGACUGGCAGACUCAAGACUGGAGCUGAUGGAAUGGCAAUAUGGUUCACUGCUGCUCCAGGCUCUGAAGGAAUGGCUUUUGGCAACAGUGAGACUUGGCAUGGACUGGGUGUCAUCCUGGACUCUUUCGACAACAAUGGACUGCAUGAUAACCCAAAGAUCAUGGCAGUCACUAAUGAUGGACUUCAGCGGUUUGACCAUAGCAGUGAUGGGACAGGUCAGGAGAUUGGGUCGUGUAUGAAGGACUUUAGGAACAAACCAAACCCCGUGAAAAUGAGGAUCAUCUACCUCCGUGGUACAUUUGAGGUGUGGGUUCACGAGGGAAUGAGCUCCGUUGUCGACGACUACCAACUGUGUUUGCGAGUGGAGUCGCCUAGCAACCUACUGCAGGAGGGAUAUUUUGGCAUCACCGCGGCAACAGGAGGUCUCUCUGACGACCAUGACGUCAUGUUAUUCCUCACACAUCGCCUGGUACCACUGGAGGAGAGGGCUCAGGAGGUACUUCGGGAGGUGAACCAGGCUGAAGUAGACGAGCUGGCUGACAAGUACACUAGCCUGUCAGACCAGUUUGACCAGCAGAGGGAAGACUACCUCAAGAAACACGAUGACGUGGGAAUGGGCGACUGGCAGUAUGAGAUUGAGAUGGAGCAGAACGUCCGUCACAUUGCUGACAUGCAAGCUCAGCUGAGCCGAGAACUCUCCCAGCUGAGCAAUAAGGUUGAUUCUCUACUGGCAGGUGGAGUGGGGCAGGCACAGCGAAGUGCUCCUGACACAGCUGCCAUCAAGAGCACAGAGACUGUCAUUCUACAGCAGUUGGCUCAAAUGAGGGCCCUAGUGGAGGGUAAAUCAGGAGGGGGUGUGGCUUCAGAGCAGAUGCAACCCCUGUACGAUGUGAAAACACUGGUGCAGCAGAAUGCCCAGCGACUGGUUGCUGUGGAACAGAGACUGAAGGACUCGGCCUCUCACCAGUGUCCUCCUGUGAACUCUCACCCCACGUCAUGCGUCUCACCGACACUCUUCCUGGUUGUCAUGGUGAUGGUGUUGGGAUUGGUCCUGGGUUACCAGGUGUACCGCCAGAGACAGGAUGCAGUGGCAAAGAAGUUCUUUUGAUGGCAGAAGGCACUAGGGCUAGGCGCAGUUGAUCUUUCUUCAAUCACCCCUCAAUCAUAAUGAUCACAUUCUCUCUCCCUACCUAUACUGAGUACCCUGCCAUGUCUAUAAUUAUUAGUUGAGCCAACACCUUUGUUCCUCCACUGCUAAACCAGUUGAUAAUGAUUUAGAGAACACACAACACUAAUAAGAGACAUGAACUGAUAAUGGCUAUUUGUCUAUCAACGUUUCUUUCUCACUGAACUCUGUGUCUGAGUCUGGCUGUACUGAGCCUGUGAUUCUUCCCCCGACGCUCCUUUCUUUUGCUCUCAUUUUGUCUGUGAAGAAGAAUUUAAAUUCUUUCCGACACAAUGCCAGCACUGCCACUGAGCCAAGGGUGGUGGGCACUAGAUAGAGUAGUGCUGGCUGUGCUGUUUUGGUGAGGAAGAGGGCGACGUACGUGCAGACUAGUCCAACACAGUAUGCAAGACUGGCGACACAAAAGUAAGGCCAGAACCUGCAGGCGGUUCCUCUCCGCAUGUCAAACUGGAGAGAGAGAGCAACCAACAGCCCAGGGACCCCCACGUCUCCAUAGCCAAGCAGACUGUAUGGCAGAGACCCUGUGAGGUCUGCGGGGCAGGUCUGGGUCAGUAGAGAUGGGAGGAGCUUUGGGGCAAUGAAUACGAUUGGGAGAAGUUCUGUAUCUUUCU